GUCAUGUGUUGUGGUUGGUCCGCAUUAUAGUUCCAGACAAGCUUGUGAAGCUGCCCGCACGGAGACAACCUUUUUAGAGCUUGGGAAUGACGAGCAUUGACGUAGCAGUAAUGGACUGAUCCAUCAAACAGGAACUCCCUUCCCAUUGACCAUGGUUCAACUCGAUCUUCUGAGGUACACCCAGCUUGAGGUGGCAGCCUGGACAAGCCACAGACCCCCCAACGUCAUCGCCUUCUUCAACUCAUUCGUUGCUCAAUCGGUGCCACCGAUCUUCCUUCUCCAGCUAAUGCUCCAUCCACUUGCUGAUCAUCCGAUGAUUCCACCAGUACAAAAGUCGAUACAGGAGGCCACCACAAAGCUAAAGCACGCACAGACACCGCCUCGGAAGAAGAUUCUCUCCAGUCUGAGCCCGAACAGCACACCGAGAUGAACGGGAUAGAAGUCCUAGCAGCAUCCCGGCAAGAAAGGGAAGGAGAAACCCAGAGACGACGGUCAAUCCUGACAUUGUGGAAAGGAAAGCAUCACGAGAAAGCUGCUCGUCAUGAAGACCACCAAGACGGAUCGCAAAGUGACAUUUCCAAGGGGAAACAGCCGCAAAGGGAAGUGCCUGAACAGCAAGUGCCAGAAACCCCGCGCGGCGGCGUGCAUGUCCCCACCGCUAUCCCAACGCUAGGAACAACGCGCGCUGGCUCUCAUCAGAAUUCCACACUAGGAUUGGUCGAAGAUGCCAUCAUUCAGGUCAACCAUCUUCAAGACAAAACAGUCAAGUCAUGGCAGACUAUCGACACCGUGUUAAUGGCAAAGACUGCUGGUAUGCCCAUGAUCAAAUCACAAGUAUACGCUCUCGAGUGCAGAGACAUGGCCGAGACACUAUAUGAGUAUAUGAGCAAGGCCCUCAAGGAGAUGAUAUCGACACGAGGUCAGAUACACGAAGCUUUCGAGCGUGAUCCUGGCCUUCGGAAUCACCACCAAAUCCUGUGGAUAUCGGCCGUGCAGGCCGAAACAAAGGCUCAAGACAUAAUGCGCCUAUACAAGGCCCUUGCAGCGGACAUCAAUCAAACCCUGGGUGCAUAUCACAUGGCCCGCUCGACAGCCAUGAUGAACAGAGAGACCUUUACACACACAAAGUUGAGGCAGAUCGAGAGCGCCGCUAGAGAACGCCGUCCAAGCCGAGUACCCCAAACCCAGUCUCCGGAAAGCCAGUACAUCGCCCGAACUGCAGUGCCACUCACAGGACCAGCGACUCCUGGGUAUGCGGGACAUCCCAACCCCAUAACUAUGGAGGUCCAGGAGGGCGGAGAGCAAUCCCCUGAUAUCCCCCUCGUUAUGGAAAUGCCGCACUUUCCGCUGAAUCUUCCGCCGAAAAAGACAGUAUCAAGGAUAUCAGACAACAUUCCCACCAGUUCACCUAGUAUCAAUCGUACUAUUUGCAGCGGGCAGCAGACGGAAGAGAACACGAAGCAAGGACGGCCAGGUGCAUUGGCCACGAAGAAGAUGCAUAUUUUCAGAACGCUCUUGCGAGCUGGCUGAAUCAGCAGAUUUGAAUUGUCUUUGUCGAAGCUCAUUCCGGACCAGAUUGAGUUAAUACGACGUCAAGCGAAAGAGCUUCGUUAUGUGCUACCCCAGAUUCGACUCAACUGGUUCACUGGACACCAAACACCAGAGCUGGUAGUCAACCCAACCCCGCCAGCAAAGUACCGAAUCAGGGAUAUGCAAGCAUUAUGGUCUAAUUGAGUAUCCAUGCAAGCCAUUUCCAUCCGACUGGGCGCAUGAAACAUGAUAAUUUGAUGACACAAUGGGAAUGGAUGCCGAAAUUCCCACCCAGGAUACCCAAUACUUCUGUGGAAGAGGACUGAACGUAGUGGUCGAGGGAGUACUCAAAUUUGCGGCACAUAUAUAUUUCCCGGUCAGGUGGACCAUCCGGCAGCCUCAGGCAGUACACCACACGAAUUCUCUAGUUUGGAGGAUCUACAGUGACCUUUACAUACUGCACAACAAUGUUGCUGAUGUUAAAUUAAU